UAUUAUUGAAAGAACAGAGCAUAAACUUACAUACUGAAGUUAUUCAAUCUUUUCUAAAGAAUCCCUUUUUUUCAUUUCAUCUCUCUAAGCUCAUCUCUAAUGGCCGCCGAGGAUUUCUCAAUGGCCGUCGCCGACGGCCUCCGUUUAUCAAAGCGAAUCUACUUCGGAAACGACAGAUCUGUAGCACCACCAAAACACAUGUCAUCAAUGGAAAGAUCAUCUAACUUUUCAUUUCUCCCAACAUCUCCUAUGCUUUACGCGGUCAUUUCGGAUCCAGCAAUGGUUGAUAAUCCAGACAUUCCAAGUUACCAACCUUAUGUCUACGGUCGCUGUGACCCACCUGCGCUUAUCCCUCUUCAGAUGAACGGUAUCUCUCUUCAGACAUCUUGUUACCUUGAUACUGCCGUUAUCACCGUUUCUGGUUCUUGGAGAGUCCAUUGCGUUAUGGGUAGUCGUUAUUGUGAUUGUAGAGUCGCUAUUCCUAUGGGUGAACAGGGUUCGAUUCUAGGUAUUGAAAUUGAUGUGCCAAGGAAAUCAUAUCAUUCUGAAUUGAUAGCUAUGGAUGAGAAGAAAGAUGUGGAGAAAGUUAUUAAAGAUGAAUAUGGUGGUUUUUUGAAAUCCCAUAUAUUUACUUUUACAAUUCCACAGAUUGAUGGAGGUUCUAAUAUUUCCAUUAAGAUUAGUUGGUCUCAGAAAUUAGUUUACAGUGAAGGUGAACUCUUUUUAUCAGUUCCAUUUAGUUUUCCUGAAUAUGUAACUCCAGCUGGGAAGAAAAUCUCUAAAAAAGAGAAGAUAGAGUUAUAUGUUAAUUCAGGCCCUGGAAUUGAAAUCCAAUGCAAGACAACAACUCAUCCUUUGAAGGAAAGAAGACAGCCUCCUGGAAAAUUGUCAUUUAUAUAUGAAUCAGAUGUUCUUUCAUGGUCCAGCAAUGAUUUCGCAUUUUCUUAUUCUAUUUCAUCUAGUGAUAUCCAUGGUGGUGUGUUUCUUCAAUCCCCUUCAUUAAAUGAUCCCGAUAAAAGAGAGAUGUUCUGUUUUUAUCUAUAUCCUGAUAGUAAUACUCAGCAGCCAAUAACUCGAAAGGUUUUCAGAAAGGAAGUGAUUUUUGUUAUCGAUAUAAGUGGGAGUAUGCGUGGGAAGCUGAUUGUGGACGCUCAAUAUGCUGUGUGCUCGGCUCUUGAAGAGCUUGGGCCAGAAGACUAUUUCAACAUCAUUGCUUUCAAUGGGGAGGUUUCGAUUUUUUCGUCCAGAAUGGAAUUGGCGAAUAAGGAUGUGAUUGCAAGUGCAAAUGAAUGGAUUGAUAUGAACUUUGUUGCUGGAGAGGGUACAAAUAUGUUAAAGCCAAUGAAGAAGGCUUUAGAAAUGUUAUCAAAUAGUAAUAAUAAUAAUUCUUCUAUUCCAAUUAUUUUUCUUGUAACUGAUGGUACUGUUGAAGAUGAGAGGCAGAUUUGUGAAGCUGUUAAAAGUUAUGUUAUUCCUAAUCAAGAAUCAAUAUGUCCUCCUCGAGUCUACACUUUCGGAAUUGGUAAAUAUUGCAAUCAUUAUUUCCUUCGAAUGCUCGCGACAAUUGGAAGGGGUGAUCACGAGGCUGAAUAUGAUGCAGACUUGGUUGAUGUUAGAAUGAAAGCCUUUUUCGCUAGAGUUUUAUCUCCAAUCGUGGUGAAUGUGACAAUUGAUGGUCUUGAUGAACUCGAUGAAUUGGAGGUAUAUCCUUGUGGUGGGAUUCCAGAUCUUUUGAGCGAAAAACCUUUGAUUAUAGCAGGAAGAUAUAGAGGAAAUUUUCCUCAAGAUUUUAAAGCCAAAGGUAUAUUAGGUGAUAUGAGCAAUUUUGUGUUGGAUAUGAAAGCUCAUCAAGUAAAAGACAUUCCAAUAGACAAGAUUCUCGCAAAGAGGCAGAUUGAUUUUGUAACAGCUCAAGCUUGGUUAACAGAGAAUAAAGAGCUCGAAGAAAAGGUAGCUAAAAUUAGCGCAUAUAGUGGUUAUUUAUCGGAGUAUAGCCGAUUAGUCCUGCACAAAAUGGAGACAGAACAGAAAACAACUAGUUCAACUGGACGAAUAAAGAAGUCAAGUGAUUCUUCAAGCAAGGAAGAGAUGAUGUUAUUUAUAUUAUUGUUGAGAAGUCUAGGAGUUGGAUUUGGUAACUUGACAGCCACAAUGGAAGAUAGAUUACUUCUAGAAGCAGGCGAGGAGGAUGAGGAGAAGCUUCCGGAAGCUGCUGAAAUAUUCGUGAAGGCGGCGUCAAACUGUUGUGGAUCACUUUGCAAUAUGUGUUGUUGCGUGUGUGGAGUUCAAGCUUGCUCGAACCUAAAUGACCAAUGUGCAAUCGUACUUACUCAGCUUUGUGGUGCCCUGGCCUGUCUCGGUUGUUUUGCAUGUUGCGAAGCGUGCUGUGGCGAUGACUCUUGAUCUUGAUCUUGAUCUUGAUCGACGGUUAAAUCUUAAUACUAUUCCAUUCAUUCAUUCAUUCGAGCUUGAUUUGUUGUAUAAAUUUGUAUUUUAUGUGUUUAUGAUUCUUCAUUGUAAUUCUUUUUAUGCAUAUGUAACACAUAAACAAUAUUAUACAUCAUAAAGUUGAUUGAGUUGGAAUAUAAUUUAACUA